CAAGGCGCGGCGUCAGGGGCCGUGGGCAUGCAGCGGUGGUGGGUCUUCGUGCUGCUUGACGUGCUGUGCUUGCUGGUAGCCUCCCUGCCCUUCGCUGUCCUGUUGCUGGUGAACACCCCGUAUAGGCAAGGAUUUUACUGCGGGGAUGAAUCCAUCCGGUACCCCUACUGGCCAGACACCAUCACCCAUUGGCUCAUGGCCGGGGUCACCAUCACGGCCACUGUCAUCCUUGUCUCUGUGGGAGAAGCCUACCUGGUGCACACGGACUGGCUCUAUUCCCGCUCCGACUUCAACAACUACGUGGCUGCCGUGUACAAGGUACUGGGGACCUUCCUGUUCGGGGUGGCAGUGAGCCAGUUUCUGACGGAUCUGGCCAAGUACACAAUCGGCCGUCUGCGCCCCAACUUCCUGGUCGUCUGUGACCUUGAGUGGAGCCAGGUCAACUGCUCAGUCUAUGUGCAGCUGGAGAGGGUGUGCAGGGGAAACGCUGCUGACGUCACCGAGGCCAGGUUGUCUUUCUACUCAAUACAUCCCUCCUUUGGGAUGUACUGCGUGGUGUUCCUGGAGCUCUACGUGCAGGCAUGGCUCUGCUGGAAGUGGGUGCGGUUCUUUCUGGUGGCCUUUGCCCUCUAUGUGGGCUACACCCGCGUGUCUGAUCACAAACACCACUGGAGCAACGUCCUUGCUGGCCUCCUGCAGGGGCGCUGGUGGCUGGCCUCACUUACCUCUUUCCCCAACCCCAGUCCUUUCUGA